ACGGUCUCUCCCGAUGUCAUCGCUUCGGCUGCGCGGGCAGCGACACGACUCACUCCCGGCAGUUGUUUUCCAACGUUUUUCGCGGGUAGACUGUGCUCGGUAGCCGAACGGUUAGUUGCGACGAGUGCGAUAUUAAUAUAAUUUUCGUCGAGUGUCUAGUUUUGCGAUUAGAUUUCAAGUUUUAAAAAGCUACUGCCCAGACGUCACAAGUCCGGCGGCGAUGCAUCCGGUAUUCAGUCUGAGCCAGUGACAUGGCCACGUUGUCGUCAGCUUGCAGCAGUUACGUACGCCAACAGCCCGGACAACCUUUAAAAACGCUAAACGUCACGAACGCCAUUCUCCGGACGGACAAAGGACAGGCAUCGUCGUACCGGCCACAAUGCACUGCGAAACGAAAGAGCGCAGUAGAACUAUUACAAGAAACAAAAUCGCUUUACGUCAAAUCGGAAACAGUGCUCGACAGGAAACAAGAACUCAGACGGAGUCUCCGAAGCAGCGGUUCUUCCGACAAGGGCUCGUCAUCGCAAGACAUAGCUUCCGGUUGUUAUAACUAUAAAGGUAACUGCUGUAAUUGGUCGAGUGGAAGUUUUACUUGUUUGCCGCCACCUAAAAGCCCUCGGCUAGUAGCCGGAUGUCAAAGAAAGUCCACGGCAGACUCACAGCAACUGCAAAACGAUCUCAGACGUCUAUUGAAUACUGACUCUAAAGAAAAUUUAUUCGAAGCAACUUCGGUGUUCCUUGACGAUGUCAUCGUUCCUCCGCCGGUGCAGUACCGCCGAUCGGUAUCGCACGGCCAACAGCAGCAGCAGCAUCAACCAUGCUGUUGUGGACCAUCAGCCUCUUGCCACAAAUCACUUCCGGAUCUCACGGAUGUCACGACAACAGCCACGGAAACGAUUACGGAUGUGUCAACGCCGGCGGUGGCGGCCGGCCCGAUCCGUCGUUGCCGUCGUUCAGCGUCUUCGGGAUCUGUAGCUGCAGGAGACGAUGAUGACGACGAUGGCGAAGAUGACAUAUUCGAAACCUACUGUAAUAUACCAUCUCCUCAAGGAUUUGGAAACAAGUCCAGACAAGACGAAACGGACGCGGUCGCCAACGUAACCUCUUUCCCGGAUUCAUUGAGCCUAACCAGUUACAAAACGGAUGCCAGAUGGCAACAGUCUGCUCACGGAGGGACCGGAAGUUCGAUCGAAGAGGAAAAUGACGAAGAAGUCGGUGGCGUUUCCCCGCGCUCGUCCGCAUCACCGGUCAAGUCUACCGUGUCGCAUGGCCGUUGGCGUCCACAUACCGCUGGAGCGGCGGCAGCGGCGACCGGUGGACAAGAACAGUCGCCACCCGCUGUUCCACUACGUCGACAUCAAUUGCCGACGACGGCGACCGACGAGUUCCGCGGCCGGCCGAUACUACGCAGCAAGUCGGACGUGGGUCACCGGGCGCCCAAUUUGCUGAGUCUAUUGCCGGCGGCGGUAGCUAAGGUCGACGAUCGACACGAAUAUGAUCCCAAUCAGUUGGAGAACUUUUUCGGUCAUCUGGGUCUCGAUCCCGAGGAGUACAAGUGGGUCAUAAAAACCGAUUCGGAGACGGGUUCACAGGUAUGUUUUGGUGACUCGAACAGCUCGGUGGGCUCGGUAAGCGGUGGCAGCAACAACAAUAACAACGCAAACACCGACGGACCUUGGGCAGGCGGUGGUGUUCGGGGGGACGCCGAUGGUUGUGUCGGGAAAUCCGGUGUCGGAUCAUCCUCAUCCGAACUGCCAUCCAUCGUCGAGCGUAACGCCAGGAUCAUAAAAUGGCUGUGGAACUGCCGGAAAGCGAACUUGCAGCAGACGUUAUUGCCACCGACACCUUCCUCGACUUAGUACCCGGGUUGUGCGGCUUAAAAUAUAAAUACGAAAAUCCAAGCUCCCUCUCCGCUGCACUUUGGUCGUAUCCACCGAGCGAUCGGCUCGUGGUUUUGAUUCUGACAUAACUUACUACUUAUAUAUUUUAACCACCAAUAACUUCUACUUAUAUUUAUUAUUUACGAAUCAACAUAGUAAGACCGCGAUUUUAAUAUAAUACUAUAUAUAUAUUUAUGUACUUACCUAAUUUAAAUUUUAAAAUAAUAUUACGUGAUAUUAGAAAAAAAAAAUACUUUUACGGAUUAACCGAGUACUUCCGUCUCAUAACUUAUUGACAAUAUAUUAUUAUAUUAUAUAAAUACAUUUUGAAUUAAAUAUUAUAUAUUUUAUUAAUUUAUUUUAGAUAUUUCGAAUUUAAGUAAGAUUUUCAAAACAUAUUUAUAAAUAUAUUAUAUAUAUUAUAUAGAUUUUAAUUAUUCCUGUUAUUAUUGCUUAGUUAUAGCCCGUCAUCGUUAUCAAUAGUAAAUGUAUAGCAAUUCAUUUGUAUACGUCUGAACGGCUUAAUAUUAUAUAAAUGUAUUUACUAUUUAGAAUUAGAACCAAAAUAUUCUAGUCUCACAAGUUGAAUUUUACUAUGUUAUCGUGUUAUUAUUAUGUGCGUUGGAUAUAACUGUGUGUUUUAAUUAUUUUUAAAUUAUUUUUAUUAUUUUAUUGUUGUACGCAUAUUAUAUACUGUUUUAGAUAUAGUUACACGAUACACGAGAUGAAACGUUAUCUGCAGUGCUCGAUUUGGAAAUAAAAUUAGGUGGGACGUGCAAAAGUAUAAAAAAAAUUGUACUUCCUCCUCCGAUUCAAGCACUGCGUAUAUUAUAAAUUUAUUGUAUACGACUUUUAUGUUAUAGAAAAAACUACAAUACCUAAACAAUUUGCGUUGUGUGUAUUUCCCUUGGUGUAAACUAUAUAUUCGAUUCUUGUUAAAAAUGUAUGCAUGUAUACUUAUUAUUCUGUAUAAUAUAUUAUGUACGAUAGCAGCCGA